UGUCAAAAAUUUCUAAGAUGGACGCUUCCAUGGACGAGGUGUUGAAGGUCCGUGUGUUUGAUGUAAAUGCCCACAUUGUGUGUUCACUGUGUGCCGGAUACUUUAUUGAUGCCACUACCACCACUGAGUGUCUUCAUACAUUUUGCAAAAGUUGUAUUGUUAAACACCUCCAAAUGAGCAAGAGUUGUCCGCAAUGUGGGAACAAAGUACACGAAUCCCAGCCUUUGAUCCACCUACGUGCUGACCGAACCAUGCAAGACAUAGUGUACAAACUGGUGCCUGACCUGUUUGAAAAUGAAGAAAAAAGGAGAGAAGAUUUCUACAAAUCAAGAGGAUUUGCAAAACAAAAGAAAGGGGUUGUUGUGGAAAAGAAAGCUGCUCCAAAAUUGUCAUGUAUCCUGAACAACCCCAAUGCCCACCAGUUUAAAUAUGACGAACAGAUUGGACUUUGUCUUGAGCGAUACAGUAUUCAGUCAAUCCCGGUGAGUGGGGAGGCGUUUGACCUGAAGGUUCUGGAGAGGAAGUUCAUACGGUGUUCGAUACGAGUUCUCAUAGCUCACUUAAAGAGGAUCAUCACCAAGAAACUCAGCAUCCCUACGGGAGUGGAGGUGGAGAUGAUGUGUGACAACGAUGAACUGUCAGAUGAAAUGUCGAUGAAACAAGUGAACUUAGUAUACUGGAGUCCUCGGGGCUCACCGAUGAUCCUGUAUUAUCGUCUGAGAGAACCUGGGUGAAAAGCUUGACACAACAUUAACUGGAGGAGUUACUUCCCCUUAUCCUGAAAUAUUUUCCAACAAGAAAAAAAUCCUGUAAAAUUCAUAAAUGUUUUGUAUAGAUUUUUAGAUAGGCUUUAAAGAAUUUUACAAGAAAUUAGAUUAACUUUUAUGUAAGUAUCUUUACAAGAUAUUUUCUCAUAAAUUUACUUUCAUUUUAAACAUCAACAUCACCUAUAAGUAAUUACUUGUGUGCCAAAUUAUAAAGUCUGCAUCGUUAUUGAUAUGUGGUUUAACUUUUAACUGUUCAGGAACUCUAAGCAUUGAAUUAACUCGAGGAGAAUUGUCACUAUGAUAAAUUACUUAAUCUGUAACAUUGCAUAUGAAAUGUUGAUAGUUUAAAGCCUUUAGCAGCAUAGUUAGAAUAAAGAUUCAAAAUCAACGUGCUAAUAUUUCCUUUAAAUGGAUGACUGUAAGAAAAGGGUUAAUUAUGAAACCCAAAAAUUGAAAGCGGAACCCUAUAUUCGACCUAAUAAGUGCCUCAUCUCUUGUAAGCACCCCUGUCUUUUUUCUGGUCUAACAAAAAUUAUUAUCUUUUUACCAUAAUUUACAGACUUACGGGGAAAGACCCAAUAAAGGCAAUUUUUUUAUAAACUUUUGGAAGCUCUGUAAUCAUUUUGUCUUUUCCAAAUUCAUGGAAUACCUAUGGCAUUCAUUAUAGGUUGAAUAUGGUCUUACUGUAAACAAAAUUCUGCUAACAGAGGUGUCUGACUUGUAAACUGUGUCUGAAUCCAUUAAGGAAAAAAUAUCCACAUGAUUUAUUUGUAUAUGUAUAUUUACAAAAUUUUGCUCAUUUCAAGGUUUUUGCUCAUUUUUAGAAGAUGAGGAAUGAGUGAGUUUUGUUUGCUGUUGACUUAUAUGACAUGUAUUUAUGACUGUUUUUAGGGCUAUAACAAUUUUUCAGAUAAAGAUAGAAUAACUGUCAUUUAGAUGACGACUAUUUUAGCUUAUAUCACAGUGCGGCAUAUAUAUGUAUAUACAAUGUAUAUAAAUUGUUACCUUGGAAUGCACAGAGGUGUGAUUCUAAGUCUGUACAUUUUGUAUAACUGUAAUGUAGAAAUGUGUAUUUUGUAGAAGAUGAGAAUAGUAUAUUUUUAUACCCUGUCCAGAAUUGUUAGUAUGUACAUAUCUUUUAAAAGUUCUUAUACAUACUUUCAUAACUUGUAUUCAGAAAAAUAUUUAUUGUUAUUUUGAUCUUGUACUGGAUAUUUCGUUAAGAAAGUAAUGAUUAAAAUUAAUUUAUCUACAAUCUUUAAGUCACUCUAUGAUGUCUAUAGUGUCCCCUCACUUUCUAGAUCAGACCUCCAUUCGUCUGAAACGAAGGAGUAGAUACGACAGAAAAGGAAAGGCAGAGGACCCAAGAGGGACAAUGGAGGCAACAGAUCAGUUUGUAGAAAAUGCAGAAGAAAAUUUGAUUCUGUUAUGAUAACUUAAAGUGGGAUUAGUAGGUCUAUUCUUUACCGAAACCAGUUACCUGCAGGGUUUUCCUGUCUGUGACAUGUCCUCGGAGUUAAUUCAUUGUCACAUGUAAGGUGGUCUUUUAGUUUGGUUGGAUGUGAUGUAAAAUGUUGUAUACAGAAUUUUAAAAUUAUUUAGUUUUUGUUUUUUACGUCUUCUCUCUCAGAAAUUUCUUAUUGAUGGUAUGGAGUUGUCCACUUUUUUAAACUGAUUGCCACAUGGAAAAUAGUUACUUCAAUGUGAUUGAGAUUAUAAAUAUGAGCAUGCUACCCAAUGUUACCUAAAUGUACCUGUGUAUCAACUGACGGAUAGCUGUUAACUUCUUUCUUCUAUUUAGAGUGUCUUCAAAUUCUGUUGUCUGUUCGUUAAACCUUUUAAUAUCAAGAUGUUUAGAUAGUUUUACACUUUUUACAAUUUACCUUUGUUCAAAAACAAACCCACUGCCAAUCAUCAACCUUGAAAAUAGUUUACAAAUUAUUACUUCUCGAUCAGUUUGUUAGCUGUUGGGAUUUUUCAGUUGUAAGGAUUUUUCACAAAGAGGAUUUUUCACUGAGAGGAUUUUUCACCAUGUUUCUAUCCGUCAUGCCUUAUAGAGUAUUGUUACAUUUUAUUUUACUGUUUCAUCCUUGUAUAUCAUAUGAAAAAUUGGUUACAAGAUCAUUAUAGUGUAUCCGGAAACUCUCUGAAAUAUGGGGUCACCAGUUCUGGUUAAGAGCACUUCCAUAGUACAUAUUUGUUAAAUGUUUUGGAAAAAGCAGGUAAAUUUUUUGUUUAAAACAAAAGUAUUUCAAACUCUUUGCAGACUUCAGCAUGUCUGGCCUCGACAUGAAAGCCAUUUCUCCAUUAUUAGUUCUGCCAUUAGAGACCUGCUAUAUAUAUUUCUGUUAUGUACACGUAAACAACCUGGUUUUGAUUGCAGUGCUAUGAUAUAUGAGCUGGUGCUUUGUCCCUGGCACUGUUGUAUUAUAAACAUGUAUCCCUAUACAUUUGUAAAGUCAAUAGGGUACAUAGCCAACAAAUGUACCAUGAUCAAAAAACCAUCACAUAUUAAGUUAGAGAGUCUCACCACUCUUCUACAAUAUACAGGUCUUAAACAGAUAUUUUCCUGUAAAAUUUGUUAUUUACGCUACAAUUUUAUUUCGAAGACAAUUACAAAUUUCAUACCUUUUUAGGGAGACAGAACAUUUUCAAAUGUUCUUACUUAUGGUGCAGAAAAGGUUAAGAAAGCAAAAUUGUGUCAUGUAACUAUUUGCUAUAGUAUAUGUUGGCAAGCAACUCAAGUAAAAGAAAAAUGAUGAACAAAUUGGAACUCUUCUUCAUUGGAGGUUAGUUAAAAAUUAUACUGGGACUCACUACCUUAAAAGGUGAAGUUGUUGGAUGUGUAAGACUGUAGGGUCUGUGGAACACACAUUUGAUGUUGGUAAAACGUUUUUUUACAGAGCUCUAAAGACAGAUAUUGUUUAAUCAGGACCUUAUUUAUUGUUUUGUAUUGUUAUGUUUUGUAAAUCAUUAAUGCAUAUUUGUUAUGGUGUAGCCAUCGUUUAUCAUAAAAGAUUUCUGAAAGA